GGGUGGAGGGGUUGCACUGCGGUAAUAUGGCUCUUCCUUAGCCAGCGGCGGUGUCUAGUCCGGGUGCCGAGCUGCCGGGGCUCUCGGGUGGUCGGUUUCUAGGCUGCAGAGGCUCGGCGGAUAGCGGCUCCGGAGGCUGCGGCGGAUGCGGGAGGACUGCCCGCCUGGCCGCCCGGCGGCCCUGGGGUCCAGAUGAGCUCCUAUGGUUCUCUCGGGGGCCCGGUGCCCCUGCCACCCCCAGGCCCGUCCGCCGCGCUGCCGCCCGGUGCCCCAGCGCGGGCCCUGCAUGUGGAGCUGCCGUCCCAGCAGCGGCGUCUUCGACAUCUCCGGAACAUUGCUGCUCGGAAUAUAGCCAACAGAAAUGGCCACCAGCUCCUCGAUACCUACUUCACCCUUCAUCUGUGUGAUAAUGAAAAGAUAUAUAAAGAAUUUUAUAGAAGUGAAGUGAUUAAGAAUUCCUUGAAUCCAACAUGGAGGAGUCUUGACUUUGGAAUUAUGCCGGACCGCCUGGAUACAUCUGUGUCUUGCUUUGUGGUGAAGAUUUGGGGUGGAAAGGACGAUGCCUACCAGCUGCUGAUAGAGUGGAAAGUCUACCUGGAUGGGCUGAAGUACUUGGGUCAACAGAUUCACGCUCGCAACCAAAACGAAAUCAUUUUUGGGCUGAACGACGGCUACUACGGUGCCCCAUUUGAACAUAAGGGUCAUUCCCAUGUACAGAAGAACAUCCUUCAGGUGGAUCAGAACUGUGUCCGCAAUUCCUAUGACGUCUUCUCUCUGCUGCGGCUUCAUAGAGCCCAGUGUGCAAUUAAACAGACUCAGGUAACUGUUCAGAGAAUUGGAAAGGAAAUUGAAGAAAAACUAAGACUCACAUCGACAAGCAAUGAGCUGAAAAAAGAAAGCGAAUGUCUGCGGUUAAAAAUUUUGGUGCUUCGAAACGAACUGGAACGACAGAAGAAAGCCCUGGGCCGGGAGAUGGCCUUCCUGCAUAAGCAGCAAGUGGCUCUCCAGGACACGGAAAGCGCGUUUUCGACUGAGCAUGGCAAGCUCCAGCAUCAAAAGGAAUCCCUGAGUGAGCUGAGGAAGGAGUGCACCGCGAAAAGAGAACUGUUUCUGAAGACCAACGCUCAGCUGACAAUCCGGUGCAGGCAGCUGCUCUCCGAGCUCCCCUACAUUUACCCUAUUGAUCUGAAUGAGCAUAAGGAUUAUUUUGUGUGUGGUGUCAAGUUGCCUAAUUCUGAGGACUUCCAAGCAAAAGAUGAUGGAAGCAUUGCCGUUGCCCUUGGUUAUACAGCACAUUUGGUCUCCAUGAUUUCCUUUUUCCUACAAGUACCCCUCAGAUAUCCCAUAAUUCAUAAGGGGUCCAGAUCCACCAUCAAAGAUAAUAUCAAUGACAAGCUGACGGAAAAGGAGCGAGAGUUUCCACUGUAUCCAAAGGGAGGGGAGAAGCUGCAGUUUGAUUACGGUGUCUACCUUCUGAACAAGAACAUAGCACAGCUGAGAUACCAGCAUGGCCUGGGGACUCCAGACUUGAGGCAAACCCUUCCUAACCUGAAAAACUUCAUGGAGCACGGACUCAUGGUCAGGUGCGACAGACAUCACACCUCCAGCGCCAUCCCUGUUCCAAAGAGACAGAGCUCCAUGUUUGGGGGUGCAGAUGUAGGCUUCUCUGGGGGUAUCCCUUCACCCGACAAAGGACAUCGAAAACGGGCCAGCUCAGAGAAUGAGAGACUCCAAUACAAAACCCCUCCUCCCAGCUACAAUUCGGCACUGACACAGCCCGGGGUGGCUGUGACCGCUGUGGGAGACUCUGAGAGGAAGGUCACGCCACUGUCCUCCUCCUUGGACACGUCCCUGGACUUCUCCAAAGAAAAUAAGAAAACAGGAGUAGUUCUGGGCAACAGUGUAAGUGGAGACCAUGGAAAUUCGGACUCCAGCCAGCAAGGGGAAGCCCUGCCCGGGCACCUGGCUGUGAACGGGACAGCACUGCCCGGUGAGCAGGCUGGCUCUGCCGGUGCCCUGCUGCCAGGCCCCUGCCUCCCGGCCUCCUCAGCUGAGCUCUGCUGCGCAGUGGAACAAGCAGAAGAAAUCAUCGGGCUGGAAGCCACAGGCUUCACCUCAGGCGACCAGCUGGAAGCACUCAGCUGCAUCCCCGUGGACAGUGCCGUGGCGGUGGAGUGCGAUGAGCAGGUGCUGGGAGAGUUUGAGGAGUUCUCCCGGAGGAUCUACGCCCUCAGUGAAAAUGUGUCCAGCUUCCGCCGGCCACGCAGGAGUUCCGAUAAGUGAGGAGAGAGGGCAGACGGCGGGACCAGGGCAGAGCCCCCGCCCUCCCCCAGGCCCAAGCUGCACUUAACCUUUUUAAUAAUUCUGGACAAAUGAGGAUCAGUGGAGGACAUUCCUCAGAAAGGCUGACUCUGGGAACAGAGGGGACUCGGGAUCAUCGGGUACCGUGGGGCCAGUCUGGCGGUGGUGUCCGGGAAAACGUCAUAGCUCCAGUCAUCUUACAGGCACCUGUCUGCGCUUCAUUUACACGCGGUGUUUCCCCCAAAAGGAAGAUGAUAAUGCGUCUGUAGUAGAGUGAACUCUCCUUUAGUUUCUCAACAGCAUUUGUCCUCGCCAUUGUUCGUAAAACUUUGCAAAACAGAGUAUUCAAAAACAGCAUUCUGCCCCUUCCACUUCCUGAGAGGCCCACGGAUGGCCCCUUAGGCUGAUGAAUAAGAAGCAGAGGGGGUCCUUGUCCGGGGCCUCCGCCCUGACUGCUGCCCAUCAGCCUGCAGACCUGGCCCCACUGGCCCUGCUUUCUCAAGAUGGCUCUCUCACCCUGAAAGCUGGGGCAGUAGAUUCGCUAGUCCGAGCAGCGGACACGAUGCUCUGUCCUGUCCAGUGUGCCAUGCCUAAUGCAAAGCUUUCCUGUGGGGGACCCCGGGGGACCCUCAGAAACCUCAAGGUCACCACAGUCAGAGGACAGCCAGCUUCCUUUGGGGCCAAAGUUUUUAUCUGGGCAGAUGCCGUGGUCCAAAAUUGGGCACACCUCUAGCAAUACACUCCCCAGAUAAAGACCCCUAGAUGUAAAUCCCAAGUUAACUUAUAACGUUUCAGUCAGCAGGAAGCCAUCAUAAGUUAUGUGGAGCCAGGAUGUCCAGUUUGCAGGCGGCGAGACAGCUGAGCGACAGUUGCAUUUGGAGACGGGAUGAAGCAUAGACAAUGUGCAAUCUCACAAUGUUAAAUUAUGUUUCUGAAACCCAUUGUCAUUCUGUGUUCAGAUUCCAUUUUACUGUUGCAUUACACAUUAUACAUUAUGUACCCACGGACAUUGCCUCAGGGUUGCAAGCUCUUAAAGAAAAAUUUAUCCAUAUAUCCAUGUAUUGUAUAGAAGAAUAAAAAUUGAAUUUGCUUCACUUGA